GCUUUGGAAGUCAUGAAAAAUCAGAGCUUUGUAACUGAAUUUGUCCUCCUGGGACUUUCACAAAAUCCAAAGGUUCAGAAAGUAGUAUUUGUUGUAUUUUUGUUUGUCUACAUUUCAACUAUUGGGAGCAACAUGUUAAUUGUAGUAACCAUUAUUGGCAGUCCUGCUCUCCUGGAAUCCCCGUUGUACUUCUUCUUGGCUUUCCUGUCCUUCCUGGAUGCAUGUGUUUCUUCUGUCACCACACCAAAGGUAAUUGCUGACUCCCUGUAUGAGAUGAAAACAAUCUCAUUUGAAGGUUGCAUGGUGCAGCUCUUUGCUGGACACUUCUUUGCCGGGGUGGAGGUGAUUGUCCUAACAGCCAUGGCCUAUGAUCGCUAUGUGGCCAUUUGCAAGCCCUUGCACUACUCUUCCAUCAUGAGCAAAAGGCUUUGUCAUGUUCUGAUGGGCAUAGCCUGGAUAGGAGGAUUCUUGCAUUCCUUCAUCCAAAUUCUCCUCACUUGCCAGCUCCCAUUUUGUGGCCCCAAUGUCAUUGACCAUUUCCUUUGUGACCUGUAUCCAUUACUGAAGCUUGCCUGCACUGACACUCACGCCUUUGGCCUUUUGGUGGUUGCCAAUAGUGGGUUUAUGUGCAUUAUAAUCUUCUCUCUGCUGCUUGUUUCCUAUGGUGUCAUCUUGUUCUCCUUGAGGAAACACAGUUUUGAAGGGUGGCAGAAAGCUCUGUCCACCUGUGGAUCCCACAUUGCUGUUGUGGUUUUAUUCUUUGUCCCCUGCAUAUUUGCAUAUGCACGACCUCCAUCUGCCUUCUCCUUUGAUAAAAUGAUGGCAAUAUUUUAUUGCAUGCUGCCUCCUUUGCUUAAUCCUUUAAUUUAUACUUUUAAGAAUAAGGAAGUGAAAAAUGCCAUGAGAAAAAUGUGGAAGAUAUUGGUGGUAGUUUUUGAUAAAAAAUUAAAAUGA